AUGAAGAAUGGUUCUAUGAUAUAUAGAAAUGAACGACAAAAAACAUUCGAUCAACCAGUAAAAGCAGAAGGGAAAACUUUUAAUUGGAAUGACAUUAUUGAAUUCACACCAUCAUAUGAUUUAAUUGAAGCUGGAUUUUAUUUUACACCAACUAAAAGAAAAAAAAAUAGAAUAACAUGUACUUAUUGUAAUAAAUCAAUAAUAAUUCAAAAAGAUUUUAAAUAUGAUCAAAUUGUAAAUGAACAUUUAAAAAGAAAUUCAAAUUGUCCAAUGUCAAUUGUUUUAAAUUUGUUAGAUUUAUGUAAAGAUUUAUCUGAAGAUAAAUUAAAAUCAUUUUGGGAAAAUUCUAAAUAUAAAAAUCCAUUAAAUGAUGAAUCAAUAGGGUUUAGGAAAGAAUUUUACUUGGAUUUUCCAUUAGAUAAAGGAGAUUUCAAACCUAAUUCAGAUUCAUUAGCAAAAGCUGGAUUUAUUUAUCAACCAAGACAUAUCGGAGAUGAUAGAGUUAGUUGUAUGUUUUGUAAAUGUGCAUUAGAUUAUUGGGAAAAAAAUGAUGAUCCUAUUGAAGAACAUAUUAAGAAUGCUAAUAAGUAUUGUUAUUUUUUGGAUAAAUUUGAAGAGGAUAAAAGAAAUCGAAUAGGUAAAGAAGACGCGUCUUUUGAUUUAUCAAUGCUGGAUAUAGUUUCAAAUAAGAAAAAUGUAAAUCUAGGUAAUUCAAAAGUGUCUAAGGAGAUAUCUCAAUCACAUAAAAAAAGGACAACUCCUGAGUUGGCUCAAGAUAAACCAAAGUCUAAAAAAAGAAAAAAAGAUUCAAAAUAUGGUAAAAAAGAUGAAAAUUUGGAAUAUUGGAAUAAAUUACCUGAUGAUGAUUUAUUACAAGAAUUUAUUGAAGUUUCAAAACGUAACGAAAAUGAAGCGCCAAGUCGCCCAGUUUUAGGUACAGAUAAAAGCAAAACGCUUCAUGCCGAAAUUCAGCCUUUGUCAGAAACUCAACCAAAACCAACAGAUCUCAAAGAGGAUCAAGUUAAAUCAACUCGUUUGUCAUAUUCAAAUGAUUUUGAAGCAGGUUUUAAUUCACAAGAAAGUGCUGCAGAUGAUAUUGAAUUUGAAAAACCUAGUUCAUCUGAAUACGAACCAACACAAGAAACAUAUUCCGAUGACUUUAACUCACCUCAGAAACUAAGUCCUAAAAGAAAAACAGUACCCCCGAAACAAUCAAAAACCAAAAAUCAUCAUGAAUUUAUUAAACCAGAAAAACCAUCUUUAUUAAGUUCUUCACCAAUAAAAUCAAAAAUGUUUAUUAAACGUACAACUCCAGUUCCAAUAUUUGAUGAUAGUUCAACUGAUAAUGAUUAUGGAGAAAAUCAUGUUGCAAAAUUAGAAAAAAAAAUUAUUAAAACAAAUACUCCAAUGAUUCAAGUUGAUGAAGAUAGUAAAGAUCAAUCAUCUGAAUUAAAUAUUUCACCAAUACGUAUAUCACCAUUGAAAAUUACAACAACUAUUAAUAAACCUACGAACGUGAAACCAAGUUUAUUUGAUCUGUCAAUUGAUUUUUCAUUAGAAAAAAUUGCUCCUGUCAAAACUGAGAAAAAUCUGAAAGUUGAACUGAUUGAUGAAAAAACUUUGGAGCAGGAAAAGGGAAGUGUUAUUGAAGUUGAAAAAGAUAAUCAGGAAGAUGAAAUAGUGGAUGAUGUUGAAAAUGACAAUAAAUCUCCUAAAGAUUAUGUUAAUACCAAUUUAUUUGUUCAAUCUAGUAAUAAUGAGUUGGAUCCUGCCCUCGAUACAUCACCAAUAGCUUUCAAGAAUGUAGAGAAACAUAACUCGACUGUGCUGAAAGAAACUGCAACUGAAAUUAAACAAACAGAGAGAUCAGCACACUCUGAUUCAUUUAAUGACCUCAGUAUCUCGGUCAAUUCAAGCCCAUUUAGAGAACCACUGCAACAUUCAAUGAUGGAACAAGAUUUUCUUGAUAACGAUUUGACCACAUCAACACCUAAUAAAUUAAAAGCAGUCAUCAAGGAAGAUUUGAAGGACAAUGAUGAUGAUAUUAAACAUGAAGCUAAAUCAAUCACGCCUGAUAUUAUUUCUAAUAAUUCACAAGCUGAAGAACAAAGCAAAAGUAAUCAAAGUGAUAGUUCCGACGACACGGCACCGCAGAAAACUGGAGACAAUUCUACUAAUGAUGAACCAAUGUUAGUUGCUCCAAAUGAGAACGAACUUCAAUUGAGUGAUGUAUUAAGUCAUACCAAACCAAAAUCUAAUGAACAGAUGAUCGAGGAAGAGAAAGAAAGUAAUAACAGUACAAAGUUGGCAAACAUUACAUCUGGCGCUAGUACCAAGACUGUCCCGAAAAAGGAUGAAAACACUACAAAAUCGCUUAAUAAACCAAAAGACUUGAGUUAUACCACAGAACGGAACCCAAUCGAAGCUUCAAAUUUCAUUGAGAAUAAAUCCACAGAGAAGAAUGACAUCGCAAAGGUGAAAACAUUAAAGAAAAAUCCAAUAGCUGCUAAAACUCCAUUAAAUCCUAAAGAAGUGGAGCGUACAUUGAGUGACUCAGACAAAGAGAAUCAAAUUUUGGGUAAAAAAUUGAGUCAACUGGAUCUACUGAAAGAUCGCAACAAAUCAAGUCAGUCAAAGCUUUCACCUACUUCAACAAAAUCUGUCAAACUUUCCUCAACUACAAUAGCUAAACCUUCAAUAGUUGAAGUGGCUGAUGUUAAAAAACAUGACGAAGAAGAAGUAAUGACUGACCUGGGAUCAACUUGGCAACCUAAAUCAAUGAAUUAUUUAAUACAACAAAUAAAUGAUCUUAAAAAUAGUUCAAAAGAAUUACAAAAAUUAUCUUCAUUACCAUAUGAUUUAGAUGAUGAUUUAAAUGGAGAUUUAACAGGAUUUAUAGCAGAAAUGCCUGAAGAAGAAGAACAAAUGACUAUUAGACAAUGGAUUGAACAUUGUGCUAUAAAUUGUAGGGAUAUUGUUGAUCAAUCUUUAAAAGUAAUGAAUCAACAUGUAUUGGAUGAAUAUGAUAGAGCCAUUGAUAUAGUUAGUAAAAUGGAAUGA